AUGCCUCCAACCAACCCCACAGGCACCGUCUGCAACGCCUACACCAUCGGUUCCAUCCACCGGCCCAAGCCCGAGCCACCCCUCGACCUUAGCGUCCUGCUCCACAAAGCCCCGGGCUGCUAUUCCAACCCGGCGGCCAUAACUCCAAGGACCGGAGCGGCUGGGCUUGAAGAGGCCUCGACUCGGACUCAGCUCAGCUGGACGGAAGCCUCCGCAGCCCCCAGCGGGGAGAGUUCAGCUGGCAGCACAGAUGUCCCCCAGAUGCCGUUCGUCCAGAUUCCAGGUUCCCCGGCUGGGUCGGGUCAUCAUGGCAUUAGAAGAUCUUUUUUAUCCGACUCAGACUUCCACACCACGAAACCGUUUUCCAGCGAGGCCUACGUUCCAGCUCUGGCCAAGGCCUUUCCGGGAGAACCCUCCGCAGCCCAAAGCUACCCGCCCGGCCUGGACCCCUAUUUCGCCGAGCCCUACGGAGACUACCACCCGACGGCCCUGACCCCCGCCUCCGGCUCGCUCUUCGGCGCUUCGUCCCUGCCUCCCCUCCUGCCGCCACACUUUCCCAGCGACUCCACCCACUUCCUCUUUAGAGAUUCGUGGGACCAGAUGGCAGCAGACAGCCUGAACCAGAGAGACACGGUAGCCUCAGACCCCCUGCAGACCCUGUCGACCAGUCCCAGCUGCCUCUCACCCCUUGAGGCUGGAGCCCCCUCCCACUCCAGGAGUUCGGGCUGGGGCCCAGCAGCGGCGGGGGCUCAGGGUUACACCCGCCACAGCCUGGAGGAUGUCCACUCAACCCCGGGGUACCCCGGAGGCCCGGCCUACCCACUGACCUCUUUCAUGGCACUGAGCAGUGACCUCGCCCCCAAGUCUCUCCAACUCUCUCCGGACGAAUCUGCCGAAGCUGCCCCCCAGCACGACCCUCCGACCUGGCCCAGGGAGGAUGGGCCCGGGAUCUGGGGGCCGUAUGAAUGCCGCAGAGCUUACUGAGCGAGAGUGUGAUGCCCAUUCA